CCGAUGCCACUAAUUCCCUCCACGAUGGAGGACGCCGCCGCGCACGUGCUCCACCUCCUCGAUCUCUACUGGUUCCGCCAACAAAUCCUCCUCCCACCUCCUCCUCCGCCGCCGCCUCCGCCACCGGCAGAUCCGCGGCCUCGUCAGCCUCUCCGCCUCCGCCGCACUCUCAGCCACGAGUCCGCCCCCGCCCCUUCCGCCUCCCUCGCCAUCCAACCGCCCCAGCUGAGGGCCAUCCUGUCCAGGAAGGAGGCCCCGCCGGAGGCCCUCUUCCCCGCGCCCCCUGCCGCCCACGCGAAGGGCAACGGCGACCGGAGGCAGAAGAGGAGGAGGUUGAGGAGGACGAAGAGCAAGAGCUUGACGGACCUGGAGUUCGAGGAGCUCAAGGGGCUCAUCGAUCUGGGCUUCGCCUUCUCCCACGAGGAGGCCGACCCCCGGUUGCUGGAGAUCGUGCCGGGGCUCCGGAGGAACAAGGCUGGGGACGCACCGGGCUCCGUCUCCGUCGCCAGGCCCUACCUAUCGGAGGCGUGGGAGACGAGACCGGAGGCGGAUCUCCUGAACAAUUGGCGGUUCCAAGCCGCCGCCGCCGGCGGCGGGGUGAACUUGAAGGACCAGCUGAAGAGUUGGGCGCACGCGGUCGCAUCCGCCAUCGUACGAUGAAAGUUCUCUAGCCAUCAGGACCGUUCAAAUUCAGUUCGGAUCUAUUCCUCCAUGUCCGUACCGCCGCAAGUUUUGAAAUUGGAAUAAGAAAUUGAGAUAAUAUUGUAAUUAAGAAUCAAGUGUGCAUAAUGCUGGAUUUUAUUCUCUUCCCUUGUUAAUUAAUAAUUGUAGGGUUUUCGGAAUUAUUAAUAACUGUGUUAGCAAA